UCGCUCCAUGUUCGCCAUGGAUUACUCCUACCUCAACUCCUACGAUUCCUGCGUCGCGGCCAUGGAAGCUUCAGCCUACGAAUUCAGUCCUUGCAGUCAACCCGGCGGUUUCCAAUACAGCCCAAUGCGGGGAGGUUUCGGGGCCGCCCCCCCCUGCCCUCCUCUCUCUACGGCCAACUGCGCUCUGGGGGCUCUGCGCGACCACCAACCCUCGCCCUACUCCGCCGGUAACGGCUCGACCCCUCCCCAAAAUCCCCUCCCCGCAUCUCGUUCCGUCGGGGCCGUCGACGAAAAGCCGUGCGGGAAUCCCUUCUCGAGAGCCGAGGGAAGGAACGGCCAACGAACGGAGCGCAACGGGAGCGGCGGGGGGUUCGGAGCCGAGCCCGGGGCCGUUCGUGCCGUUCCCGUUCCCGUUCCCGUUCCCGUCCCGUUGCGCUCCGUGCGCCGUAAAACUCCGCCGUCCCGAGCGCCGCGUUCCGACCCGCAGCGGAGCUUUGCGGCGAUCCCGGUGUUUUCCCACCCCCCCGUUCCGUCCGUUUCGUCCCUCCGUCCGUCCUCCGGCCGCUCCGUUCCGUCCCGACCCGCUGCUGAGUUUUCCCCCUCGCUCCGUUCGGUUCCAUCCGUUGCGCUUCUCGUUGCGCUCUUCCGUCCCGCCGCGUCCAAACGGUUUCCGUUCCCCCGGCCGUUCCGUUUCGAUGUUUCCCAUCCCGUUCCGAAUCCCGACUCGAUCCGGAACGGUUCCUUCAGUCCGGUUCGUCCCGGAGCUUCCCCGAACCGGAGCUCGAUGUGCCGCGCAUCUCCGCGUCGUCCGUCCGUCCCGCUGCAUCCCGACCUCCUGCAAUCCCCAAAUCCCGCAUCCCGACCUCCUGCAUCCCGAUCUCCUGCAUCCCAUCCCGCUGCAAUCCCCAAAUCCUUCAUCCCGACCUCCUGCAUCCCAUCCCGACCUCCUGCAUCCCGACCCCCUGCAUCCCGACCUCCUGCAAUCCCCAAAUCCUUCAUCCCGACCUCCUGCAUCCCGACCCCCUGCAUCCCGACCUCCUGCAAUCCCCAAAUCCCGCAUCCCGACCUCCUGCAUCCCAACCUCCUGCAUCCCAUCCUGCUGCAUCCCGACCUCCUGCAUCCCGACCCGCUGCAUUCCAACCUCCUGCAUCCCCAAAUCCUGCAUCUCAUCCUGCUGCAUCCUGACCCCCUGCAUCCCGACCACCUGCAUCCCAACCUCCUGCAUCCCCAAAUCCUGCAUCUCAUCCUGCUGCAUCCCGACCCCCUGCAUCCCAACCCGCUGCAUCCACCCCUUCCCCAUGCAUCCAUUCCUGCCCCAC